GUCAGUUUGAAGUGAUUUGUGUUGCCAAAUCGAAUGCUUGUUUUCCUGCAAGAUGAAAGGAGACAGCCAUGAAUGAGCCACUGGACAGUUUUGCAAAUGCUUCUUCUGACUUCCCCGAUUUUGCAGCGCCUUUUGGAAAUUGCACUGAUGAAAAAAUCCCACUCAAGAGGCACCACCUCCCUGUAAUAUAUAGCAUCAUCUUCCUGGUGGGCUUUCCAGGGAACGCAGUAGCGAUUUCCACUUACAUUUUCAAAAUGCGGCCGUGGAAAGGCAGCACCGUCAUUAUGCUGAACCUGGCCUGCACAGACCUGCUGUAUCUAACCAGCUUCCCUUUCCUGAUUCACUACAUCUAUGCCAGUGGCGAAAACUGGAUCUUUGGGGAUUUCAUGUGCAAGUUCAUCCGCUUCGGCUUCCAUUUCAACCUGUAUGGCAGCAUCCUCUUCCUCACCUGUUACAGCAUCUUCCGAUACUUCGUGAUCAUUCACCCCAUGAGCUGCUUUUCCUUUCACAAGACUCGAUGGGCCGUGGUGGCCUGUGCUGUGGUGUGGAUCAUUUCCCUGGUGGCCGUCAUUCCCAUGACCUUCCUGAUCACAUCAACCACCGGGCCCAAUAGAUCGGCCUGCCUCGACCUCACCAGUUCGGAUGACCUCGCCACUAUCAAAUGGUACAAUCUAGUUUUGACUGCAACUACUUUCUGCCUUCCCCUGGUGAUAGUGACACUGUGCUAUACAAUGAUUAUCUGCACCCUAACCCAAGGACCUCAGAAUCACAGCUGCCUUAAGCAGAAAGCUAGAAGGCUAACCAUUCUGCUACUCCUCGUGUUUUACAUAUGUUUUUUACCCUUCCACAUCUUGAGGGUCAUUCGGAUCGAAUCUCGACUGCUUUCAAUCAGCUGCCCCAUCGAGAAUCAGAUCCAUGAAGCGUACAUUGUUUCUAGGCCGUUAGCCGCCCUGAACACCUUCGGUAACCUGUUACUGUAUGUGGUGGUCAGUGACAACUUCCAGCAGGCCCUCUGCUCGAUGGUGAGAUGCAAAGCCAGUGGGGACCUGGAACAAGCAAAAAAAAUCAGUUACACAAACAACCCUUGACAUACUUCAUUUAGUCAACCAAGAAGAAAAACCUGCUGAUAUUCUAACUUCUAAGUCCAGAACGGCUCCCUCAGUGGCUCUCAGGAAAUAUUGUAUGUUCAGGUAAUCACGUGCCAAAGCCAGGACGGGGCUACCGGGAGUUCUUGGUAACCCGUUUAUUGAGAUCUUCCCUAGGGUAGAGGUAAGAAUGGGAUACAUGCAUAUCAGCAGAAGAUUCACAUGUAGAAUCCAAACUAUUAGAAAUCAGGGACAUCUUGCAAAACAUCUAGUCUUGGGGCACCUGCAUGGCUCAGUUGGUUAAGCCUCCAAAUCUUGAUUUCGAUUCAGGUCAUGAUCUCGAAGUUCAUGAGUUCGAGCCCCUCGCUGGGGCCUGCACUGGCACUGAGGAGCCCGCUUGGGAUUCUCUCUCUCCCUUUCUCUCUCUGUCCUCCUCAGCUCUCACUUUCUCUCUCUCUCCUCUCUCUCCAAACAAAAAAAUAGAUAAACUUAAAAAAAAGAAAAACAUGCCCUAGAUCUCUCAGGAAGUUAGUGCCAAGAUUGGGGAAAACCAAGCUACUCACUCAUGGUUUCAUGCCCCCUUCAUACUGGGGCCUGUUUGUGUUGAACCCCCAGACUAUCCAAGGCAUUAUUUAUCUCUUUUUCAGUAUUCUUUUUGUUUUCAUUUCAUAGCUUUAAAACUUACUCUUUCAAACUUUGCUUUGAGGCCAUUAAACUGCGUUUCUCACAAGGCUUUGGUCAAGUAGAUUCAAGGUGGUCAGUACAAUUCACCUGAGACACCCCAAAGAUGUCAGUGCAAAUAACAACAUAUGUGGGUCAUUAUGUCUGUAUUGUUGUAGGUCGUUUUAAAAGUUGCUGCUGAUUUAUAAAAAUGAUCAACUAAUACUAGUUAUUAUCACCACAUCCUGGGGAAG